UUUUGUUGUUCGACCAGCACAUGCUCAUUUUAUAAAGGUGAAGUUGAAUGUGAGUAUUUUAUUAACUUCAGAACACUGUUGAACAGACGUUCUCCAUCAUGGGCUCUCUCUUCGUGACGUGGCUAGACGAACGCCUUGCGUGGAACACGAGCGAAUGGAAUGGUGUGCGCACAGUGAAUUUUAAACUAGAGGAAGUCUGGAGACCAUUGCUCGUUCAUGAAAACUCGGCCAUUGGUAUAGAGGUUUUGGGAGACAACAGUAACCACAGAAGUAUCCCUGUGAUUGUCUUCAGUAAUGGCUUCCUUUACUGGCUGAGUCCUGCCUACCUCGUCUCGUUCUGUCAAGUCGACGUCUCCAAGUUUCCAUUUGAUACACAAACAUGUCAGUUCGAGAUAUCGUCGUGGAUGUUUGGAGUAGAUACAAUCAAUUUCAUACAUAUUUAUGACUACAUCAGUCUUUCCGAGUAUGAACAGAAUGGAGAGUUUGAAGUUUUGGAUACCUUCACAUCAUACAAAUAUGAUUCUCUCGGCAUAACAACUGCUAAAAAGCUUGUGUUUGGAGUCCAACUGAAGCGGCGAUACUCCUAUUAUCUUGUGAACCUUGUACUUCCUGUUCUGGUGCUACAGGCUCUUGGAAUCGUCAUUUUCCUAGUACCCGCGAGCUCCGGUGAGAAACUGUCCUUUGCCUUUACCUUGCUUCUAUCACUGACUGUCCUCAUGUCCAUCGUCAGCGAGAAAGUGCCCACAACAUCACUUCAAGUGUCCACGCUAAGCAUCUACCUGUUGGGUGGAGCAUUCAUCUCUGGCUUGGAGGUUAUGAUGACAGUAGUAAGUCUGAUUUUACAACACAGACACGACGAAGGGAAGCAAUUGACACCUGGUCUUCGCAAUUUUACGACCAAGCUUUAUAAUAUACAGACAUGCCUGAAAAAUAAGCCUAAAAGGAAAGUUGAACCAGAGGGUAAGAAUAUAUCGGACGAUGUAAGCAUUGACAAGGACAUCAUGCAGUUGGAUCUUGACGUAAAGUCUGCAUGGGAAGAAGUUGAUAAAAGCUCUGUGGAGAAGGAAAUGACGUAUAAGGAAUUGAACCAUGCUCUGGACCAGAUUUGUAAAUACGUGACAAGCUAUUUAGAUUGGUUUACAUCAUAUACGUUUUACGUCUUAAACCUCAAUCCAAACAACGAAUCUAUCGGCAACACCGAUGUCACUGGUGUUAUAGGCGCCAGCCCCGCCGAUGGUAGAAUACAGAACUCUGUAUGGAGUGGCGUACAGGUUACAGGGGUAGAAUGCGACAGAAACAACGGAGAGCCAUCCUCGAUCUUGGGUACAGUCGUCACCGUUGAAAUUCUCCAGUAUAGAGAAUUUGACAUGGGUUAUUACUGA